AGAACCCACACAGGAGAGAAGCCUUUUGAAUGCUCAGUGUGUGGAAAGAGAUUCAGUCAUAGUGGCAGUCUUCAAUAUCAUCAGAAGACCCACACAGGGGAGAAGCCUUUUGAAUGCUCAGAGUGUGGAAAGAGAUUCAAUCGGAAUGGCCAUCUUGAAACACAUCAGAGAACCCACACAGGGGAGAAGCCUUUUGAAUGCUGGGAGUGUGGAAAGAGAUUUAGUACGAGUUGGGAUCUUCAAAGGCAUCAGAGAAUCCACACAGGGGAGAAGCCUUUUGAAUGCUCAGAGUGUGGAAAGAGAUUCAUGUGGAGUGCCAGUCUUCAAACACAUCAGAGAAACCACAAAGGGGAGAAGCCUUUUGAAUGCUUGGAGUGUGGAAAGAGAUUUGGUACGAGUGGCGAUCUUCAAAAGCAUCAGAAAAUCCACAACAGGGAGAAACUUUUUGAAUGCUCUGAGUGUGGAAAGAGAUUUCUGUGGAGUGGCAGUCUUCAAAAUCAUCAGAGAACCCACACAGGGGAGAAGCCUUUUGAAUGCUUGGAGUGUGGAAAGAGAUGUAGUACGAGUGGUGGUCUUCAAUAUCAUCAGAGAAUCCACACAGGGGAGAAGCCUUUUGAAUGCUUGGAUUGUGGAAAGAGAUGUCGUACGAGUGGCGGUCUUCAAUAUCAUCAGAGAAUCCACACAGGGGAGAAGCCUUUUGAAUGCUUGGAGUGUGGAAAGAGAUUUAGUGCAAGUGGCAGUCUUCAAUAUCAUCAGAGAACCCACACAGGGGAGAAGCCUUUUGAAUGCUUAGAGUGUGGAAAGAGAUUUAGCAUGAGUGGCAGUCUUCAAAAGCAUCAGAGAACCCACACAGGGGAGAAGCCUUUUGAAUGCUUGGAGUGUGGAAAGAAACUUUCUACCAGUGGCAGUCUUCAAAGUCAUCAGAGAACCCACACAGGGGAGAAACCUUUUGAUUGCUCAGAGUGUGGAAAGAGAUUCAUGUGUAGUAGCAGUCUUCAAAAGCAUCAGAGAACCCAUACAGGAGAGAAGCCUUUUGAAUGCUUGGAGUGCGGAAAGAGAUUCAGUCAGAGUGGCAAUCUUCAAACGCAUCAGAGAACCCACACAGGGGAGAAGUCUUUUGAAUGCUUGGAGUGUGGAAAGAGAUUUAGUAUGAGUGGUGAUUUUCAAAAGCAUCAGCAAACACACAACGGGGAGAAACCUUUUGAAUGCUCUGAGUGUGGAAAGAGAUUUCUGUGGAGUGGCAGUCUUCAAAAUCAUCAGAGAAUCCACACAGGGGAGAAGCCUUUUGAAUGCUUGGAGUGUGGAAAGAGAUUUAGUGCAAGUGGCAGUCUUCAAUAUCAUCAGAGAUCCCACACAGGGGAGAAGCCUUUUGAAUGCUCAGAGUGUGGAAAGAGAUGUAGUACGAGUGGUGGUCUUCAAUAUCAUCAGAGAAUCCACACAGGGGAGAAGCCUUUUGAAUGCUCAGAGUGUGGAAAGAGAUGUAGUACGAGUGGUGGUCUUCAAUAUCAUCAGAGAAUCCACACAGGGGAGAAGCCUUUUGAAUGCUUAGAGUGUGGAAAGAGAUUUAGCAUGAGUGGCAGUCUUCAAAGGCAUCAGAGAACCCACACAGGGGAAAAGCCUUUUGAAUGCUUGGAGUGUGGAAAGAGACUUUGUACGAGUGGCAGUCUUCAAAGUCAUCAGAGAACUCACACAGGGGAGAAACCUUUUGAUUGCUCAGAGUGUGGAAAGAGAUUCAUGUGUACUGGCAGUCUUCAAAAGCAUCAGAGAACCCACACAGGGGAUAAGCCUUUUGAAUGCUUGGAAUGUGGAAAGAAAUUCAGUCAGAGUGGCAAUCUUCAAACGCAUCAGAGAACCCACACAGGGGAGAAGCCUUUUGAAUGCUUGGAGUGUGGAAAGAGAUUUAGUACGAGUAGCAAUCUUCAAAAGCAUCAAAGAAACCACACAGGAGAGAAGCCUUUUGGAUGCUCAGAGUGUGGAAAGAGAUUCAGGUGGAGUGGCAAUCUUCAUCGUCACCAGAGAACCCACACAGGGGAGCAGCCUUUUGAAUGCUCAGUGUGUGGAAAGAGAUUCAAUUGGAGUGGCAAUCUUCAAGAGCGUCAGAGAACCCACACAGGGGAGAAGCCUUUUGAAUGCUCAGAGUGUGAAAAGAGAUUCAUGUGGAGUGGCAGUCUUCAAGGGCAUCACUCCAACCUCAAGCCGGCUACCUGAACCAGCUUCUGCUGGGAUCAGACUCCGGUCGCGAGUAGAGGGCUCCGACUGCAGUACCGCAGCUUUAGCACUCUGCACCACGGGGUAAACUUCCUUUACUGUGCUUAUAAGAGGAGAAGUCUUUAAAAUGUUUUAUUAACCUCCUUUCCCCCCCCCCCUGCUUCCUUGAUUUGAUACUGUUGUUUUUAUGUCAAUAAAGGUUCUGUGAAUUGUG